UACAAGUUCCAUCAUCUACAAUGCAUAUGCGCAUGUUCAAUAUUAGGUAUUUCCUGGUCUGACCUUCUAAUAUAAAUCGGAAGGGUGAGGAGUCAGAGUUCGUCAGAGAACAGGAACCCAAUGAUUCCCAUAUGCCCAGUAGUGUCCUUCACCUAUGUGCCCAGCCGGCUAGGUGAAGAUGCCAAAAUGGCCACCGGCAACUACUUUGGAUUUCCCCAUGGUGCCGCGCAGUACAGUCAGCAGCCCACGGCUGGGGUAGCCUACACCCACCCCACCACGGUGGCCAGCUACACUGUGCACCAGGCGCCCGUCGCGGCUCACACCGUGGCGGCCGCCUACGCGCCCACCGCCGCCACCGUGGCCGUGGCCCGACCCGCGCCGGUGGCGGUGGCGGCCGCGGCGACCGCGGCGGCCUACGGGGGAUACCAGCCCACGCACACCGCCGCCGACUACGCCUACGCCCAGAGGCAGCAGGAGGCCCCGCCCCCUCCCCCACCCGUCACCACGCAGAACUACCAGGACUCCUAUUCGUACGUGCGGUCCACAGCGCCCGCCGUAGCCUAUGACAGUAAGCAGUACUACCAGCAGCCGGCGGCCACGGCGGCUGUGGCCGCCGCCGUGGCACAGCCGCAGCCCGCCGUGGCCGAGUCCUACUACCAGACAGGUACGCUCAGCACAUCCUGGGAGUCGACGUGGAAGAAAAGUCUCCAAGCUCCGAAGACGGGUUACAGCCAGGGAGCCACACCCUACACACAGGCCCAGCAAACCCGCCAGGUCACAGCCAUAAAGCCCGCUGCGCCCAGCCCCGCCACCUCCACCUUCUCCAUCUACCCCGUGUCCUCCACCGUGCAGCCGGCCGUGGCGGCCGCCGCGGCGACCGUGGUUCCGUCCUACUCCCAGAGCCCCACCUACAGCACCGCGGCGGUCACUUACUCGGGCGCGUCCUACUCCGGGUACGAGGCGGCGGUGUAUUCGGCCGCCUCCUCCUACUACCAGCAGCAGCAGCAGCAGCAGCAACAGCAGCAGCAGCAGCAGCAGCAGAAGCAGGCGGUGGCGGCGGCGGCUGCCACCGCGGCCUGGACGGGGAGCACCUUCACCAAGAAGACCCCCUUCCAGAACAAGCAGCUGAAGCCCAAGCAGCCCCCCAAACCCCCGCAGAUCCACUACUGCGACGUGUGCAAGAUCAGCUGCGCCGGGCCUCAGACGUACAAGGAGCACCUGGAGGGCCAGAAGCACAAGAAGAAGGAGGCGGCGCUGAAGGUGUCUCAGAGCGGCAGCGCGGGCGGCACGGGCGGCAGCGCCAGCGCCAGCUCGGCCCGGGGCACCCAGAACCAGCUGCGCUGCGAGCUGUGCGACGUCUCCUGCACCGGGGCCGACGCCUACGCCGCGCACAUCCGCGGGGCCAAGCACCAGAAGGUGGUGAAGCUGCACACCAAGCUGGGGAAGCCCAUCCCUUCCACAGAGCCCAGCGUGGUCACCCAGACGACCGCGUCCACCACGGCGGCCCCCAGCAAGCCCGCGGGCCCCGCGGUCAGCAGCGUGACGAGCAGCGGCAACAGCGGCGCGGCCACGCCCACCUCCUCCUACCUGAAGCCAAUCAACAUCGUGGGCGGAGCUCCCGCCGCAGCUGCGCAGGCUAAGGGCCCCGCCCCCGGCCCGCCCACCAGCUCUUCCGCCGUUAAGAAGGUGAACACGCCCAAGAUCAAUUUCGUAGGAGGAAAUAAACUGCAGACCACGGGCAUCAGGGCGGAGGACGCGAAGGCAGCCCAGCCUUUGAUGCCCGCCCAGGCGCCGGAGGCCAAGGCCGACCCCCCGCCCGAAUCGCUGUCCACUCAGUCCACUCUGGCUGCCCUUCAGAGCGACGUCCAGCCUGUGGGACAUGACUAUGUGGAAGAGGUACGCAACGAUGAAGGCAAAGUCAUCCGGUUCCACUGCAAGCUGUGUGAAUGUAGCUUUAACGAUCCAAAUGCUAAAGAGAUGCAUCUGAAGGGAAGAAGACAUCGCCUGCAGUAUAAGGUUUGUGAUGGACAUCCCUUUCAGUCAACCGUGAAUCUAAAUUCAUUACGUGGAAUUCUUGCUGCUUGUUCUGCGCAGAAAAAGGUGAACCCCGACCUCCAGGUGGAGGUGAAGCCCAGUAUCCGCGCUCGGAAGAUCCAGGAGGAGAAGAUGCGGAAGCAGAUGCAGAAGGAGGAGUACUGGAGGAGGCGCGAAGAGGAGGAGCGCUGGAGGAUGGAGAUGAGGCGCUAUGAGGAGGACAUGUACUGGCGGCGCAUGGAGGAGGAGCAGCACCACUGGGACGACCGGCGCAGGAUGCCGGACGCAGGCUAUCCCCAGGGCCCCCCCGGGCCCCCCGGCCUGCUGGGAGUCCGGCCCGGCCUGCCUAUUCCACAGCCACAGGGACCUGUGCCUCCCCGUCGCCCGGACUCCUCAGACGACCGCUAUGUGAUGACCAAGCACGCUGCUAUCUACCCCGUGGAGGACGAGCUCCAGGCCAUCCAGAAAAUCGUUUCCAUCACCGAACGGGCGCUCAAGCUGGUGUCCGACAUCAUCACGGACCAGGACAAGGGCAAGGGGAAAGACGAGGACAAAGACAAAGACAAAGAUAAGGACGUCCAGAGAGACAGGGCUCUUAAAGGUGUCAUGAGGGUGGGGGUCCUGGCCAAAGGCCUCCUCCUCCGCGGGGACAAGAACGUCAGCUUGGUCCUGCUCUGCUCUGAAAAGCCCACUAAGAGCCUUCUCACAUGCAUUGUGGAGCACCUCCCUAAGCAGCUCACGAUGGUGACGCCGGAGAAGUACGAAGUGAAGGCCUCCAUCCCGGAAGCAGCCAUCAUCCUGACUUCCUGCGGCGAUCCCAAGAUGGAAGUGACCAUUACGCUGACCUCGCCCACCAUCCGGGAGGAGAACGCACGGGAUGGAGAUGUAACCUCGGGUUUGGUGAAAGACCCAGCGGACGUCUUGGACAGGCAAAAAUGCCUUGACGCUCUGGCUGCUCUCCGCCACGCUAAGUGGUUCCAGGCUAGAGCAAACGGACUCCAAUCCUGCGUGAUUAUCAUUCGCAUUCUGCGUGAUCUGUGUCAGCGUGUUCCCACAUGGUCUGCCUUCCCCAGCUGGGCCAUGGAGCUGCUUGUUGAGAAGGCCAUAUCCAGUGCUUCAGGCCCCUUGAGCCCUGGAGAUGCACUGAGGAGGGUCUUUGAAUGCAUUUCCUCUGGGAUUCUGCUGCCAGGUGGUCCAGGGUUGGUAGACCCCUGUGAGAAGAAUUCAACAGACACCUUGGGUGCCAUGACUGAGCAGCAGAGAGAAGACAUCACAUCCAGUGCUCAGUUUGCCCUCCGGCUGCUUGCGUUCCGCCAAAUCCACAAGGUCCUGGGCAUGGACCCGCUGUCCCAGAUGAACCCGCGCUUCAACGUGCGCAACAACCGCAAACGGAGGCGAGAGAACAGCGACGGCGUGGACAGCUGCGAGGGCGAGGGCAAGAAGGACAAGAAGGAUUACGACAGCCACUAGGCCCACCCACCGCACGCACUGAUAGGAUGGUCCAUACAGACCUUUUCUGUUUUUGUUUUUUUUUUUUUUUUUCUUGGUAUACAUCUUAGUUGUGAUGUCUUUAGUGUACUGUACUUGUUCUAGACCUUCAGUUUUGUUUUCUUAACUGUUAAGCAGACCUACCAGACUGCUGCUAGACUGGGUAUUACCAAAACUCUUAAAUAUCAAUGUCUGUGCUGUACUGUAUUGUUUUGGCUUCAGAAGGAUCUGAACAGUGGGUGGUCACAUGCACUCAACGUCACUAAAGCUGUGUUUACCCUGUAGGCUAUAUAACUGGGUACAAUACUGUAGGACUACCUGCAAUAAAGCUCUGCCACAGCCUCCUGUUAAUUCUGAAGCAUUUUUAGUUUUUAAUUGGGGAAAGGAGGGGAAUUCUGUCUCAAUCAAACCAAACUUAAAAAGUGACAAUUAUUAUUGUCAGAAUAUAUAUUUUUAAGCAAGGUACAUUUAUUUCAGUCUAGCCAGUAUGAAGCACACAACUUGGAGUCAUUCAAUUCUUUAUCAGAGUUUUAGUAAAAAAAUGAGAUUAUUUUAUUUGUGCAGUGCUAGUGGAGUAUAACUAAUAUGCUGUUGAAAAGGCUGGGCUGGUAACGUUGCGGUGUUCCACUAGUCAGAUCUCACGCCAGACUAAUGCUUUAGCAGGUUGCCCAUGGCAUUGUAUUAAGCUGCCACUUAUCGCGGAGACAUUUGUGUUUGUAAUUAUUAUUCCAUAAUUUGGAUUUAAUUUAAAAAUAAUAAUUUUAAAAAGUUUAAGCAGUCAGCAUUUUAUUAUUUUGAAAAUAACAUGCAUGACUUUUUUUUUUUUGAAGUUGACUUAUUUACUAAUUGAAGAGUAAUGCUCGGCCUUUAGCCUUGGAUCAGAUAAUACAUAGUAUCUAAAUAUAAAGAGGAAAACAUAAUGGUAGAAAAUUGUGAGCCUGUGACAACUGCGUGUCACUCCAGUGUUGUAACUGUGGUUUUCACUGUACAUCCAUUUUCUCAAUGAUGGUCAUUUGCUCUGUAUUAUUGCAUUACAAUGGGCAGAAUAAAACCAUUCCAGAUUCAAA